GCUCGCUAGUAACAAGCCAAAGAUAAACACGUAGACGGACGGUGCACAGUCGAAAAUAAUUAAAAAUAUCUGGAGGUACCGGUGACAACAUUGACAUGGACUAGCUGAUGGGGACAUACAUGUUGGAUCAGGCGAGGAGGUUUCGUUAAAUCACAGAAGAAGAAAGUGUUCCGCGACGUCAGGUCGCAGCGUCUGCAGCUCAACACAAGAUGGUACGAGCCGCCUUGGUGACCGCCACCAGUCUGGCGCUGACUGGAGCUGUGGUGGCUCACGCAUACUUGCUCAAGCACCAGUUCUACCCCACUGUGGUGUACCUCACCAAGAGCAGCCCCAGCAUGGCGGUGUUGUACAUUCAGGCCUUUGUUCUGGUGUUUCUUUUGGGAAAGUUUAUGAGAAAAGUCUUUUUUGGGCAGCUGAGAGCUGCAGAGAUGGAGCAUCUGAUCGAGCGCUCCUGGUACGCAGUGACGGAGACGUGCCUGGCCUUCACUGUGUUCAGAGAUGAUUUCUCCCCCAGAUUUGUCGCCCUCUUUACCCUCCUGCUCUUCUUGAAGUGCUUCCACUGGCUGGCUGAGGAUCGGGUGGACUUUAUGGAGCGAAGUCCGAACAUAUCAUGGGUUUUUCACCUAAGGGUUUUAUCUCUCCUAGGAAUGCUGGCACUCAUGGACUUUUUGUUUGUCAACCACGCCUGUCACAGCAUCAUUACUCGGGGAGCUUCAGUUCAGCUGGUUUUUGGAUUUGAGUAUGCCAUCUUGCUGACCAUGGUCCUGACGACCUUUAUCAAGUACAUUCUGCACACUGUUGACCUGCAGAGUGAGAAUCCCUGGGACAACAAGGCCGUCUACAUGCUCUAUACAGAGCUCUUCACAGGGUUCAUCAAAGUUCUCCUGUACAUUGCCUUCAUGACAAUCAUGAUAAAGGUCCACACCUUCCCUCUGUUCGCCAUUCGCCCCAUGUAUUUGGCUAUGAGGCAGUUUAAAAAAGCUGUAACAGAUGCUAUAAUGUCUCGGAGAGCUAUCCGUAACAUGAACACACUAUAUCCUGAUGCUACUCCUGAAGACCUGCAGGCCUCGGACAAUGUUUGCAUCAUUUGUCGAGAGGAAAUGGUCACCGGAGCCAAGAAAUUGCCUUGUAAUCACAUUUUCCACUCCAGCUGCCUCCGCUCCUGGUUCCAGAGACAGCAGACAUGUCCAACCUGUCGUAUGGACGUACUUAGAGCCACCAACAACAAUCAGACUCCAGUUCCACCUGCACAGGCUCCGCCCCCUGCCCCCGCAGCCCCCGCCAAUGCUCCAGCAGCUGCUCUGGCCCCAAAUGUAGCUCCAGGCAUGCUGCCUGGCUUUCCUCCUGGCAUCUUCCCUUUUUGGGGUCCAUUUCCUGCAGUGCCCCCCCCUGCUGCAGCAGCUCCAGCUCCUGGUGGCGCUGACGCUCCGCAGAGCAGCACAGAAGCAACACAGACUACUGGCACCAGUCAGCCCACGUCUUCUACUACCACAGACGCAGCCACGCCGUCGUCCCCAGCAGCUCCAGGAUCAGCACUCCCAGCAUUCCCCUUCUCAUUCCCACCUCCUCCCUUUCCCACUGCACCGUGGCUGCCCAUGCCACCGCCUCCUCCCUUCCUGUCAUCAAUGCCUCCUCCUCCUCCAUCUCUGUCGCAGCUGUCGGAUGAGGAGCUGAGGGAGUUGGAGGCAGAAGGGCGGCGGGGCCUGGAGGCCAGGCUGCAGUGUCUGCAGAACAUUCACACCCUGCUGGACGCCGCCAUGCUCAACAUCCACCACUACCUCAGCACCGUGGCUACACUCACUCCUCCUCGGCCUGAGAGCAACGCGGGACAAACGAGUGGAAGAGCCCACACUGCUUCCUGUUGUACAGCUGCCACCAACACGGAGGACACGACCAUGUCUGAUGAGGCGAGCGGAGCCACGGCCUCCUCUCAGCCCGCUGACUCCACUUCCUGCGACUCCACUUCCCGUGCUUCAGACACAGAAAGACUAAAGAACGUGGACGAAGGAGUGCCCGAGGACGAGGGCAGCGAGCCGAGUGCUGCUGAGCUGAGGCGGCGCCGUCUUUGCAAGCUAGAGGCAGCAUCGUCGUCAUCGUCGUCCCCUCCUCUGGACAACUGAUCCAUGCGCUGAGACUUGGGCAUGUUGCUCUGAAGCUUCACGAGCGCUGACAUGACGCAGCUGCUCUGGUUCUUCGUUGGCUCUCUUCCUGUUUGCUCAGGGGGCUGAUGGAAGACGCUGCUGAACUGUGUCGGACAGCAACAGCAUCUUUUUUCUUUGUUCUCAUCAACGAACUGCUGCAGGUCAUGUUGGGGUCACCCUGUGGGAGAACUGCUUCAUCUUAGCCUGUCAGUGCGGGUGACACCCUGUUUAGAUGUGUCUUUGUUAGUUUUACUGUUUACUCUUUGUUUAAACCAACUGAGGACGUUCACAUGAACAUGUUGCACAGCGCACGGACCACUCGACACUAAUUCAGUUCAAGUGUUCCCUGGGAUUGUACCUGCUCAUGCUGUAACACUGAUUUAUUGGAACAUGUACAUACUGUACACUUUUAAUAGGAUGAAGAGGCUUCAGAACUGAAGGGACAUCUGUAUGUGUGUGUGUGUGUGUGUGCGCGUGCGUGCGUGCGCGCGUGCCAGCUGA